AUGGAGCCGCUCUGCUCAACGAGUUACCUCGUGUUGUUCCAUGGGGCGAUACUGGCGCUACGGUAUCUACAGCUAUAUGAGCGUUACUAUUUACGUCUUGUUCUGAAAUCUUUUUCUUUGAUAAUAUAUUCGUCAAUAUCGCGUCACACCAUGGGAAGCCUCUUCAAUACGCACCCAAAGAACUAUGGCCCCGGCAGCCGUGAGUGUUGCGUCUGCUUCAACCGUCACGGUCUGAUUCGCAAGUACGGCCUGGAGAUUUGCCGUCAGUGUUUCAGGGAACGUGCCAACCUCAUCGGCUUCCACAAGUACUGA